GAUGUGGGGAACAGUCACGUGGGACAAAAUGUCUGACCGGUUUGAAGCGCUAGAACAACAGCUUGAACAUUUUAUUGAAAACACACGACAAUUAGGGAUUACUGUUAGUGAUUUUCAACCCCAGGGACAAAAUGUCCUCAACCAGAAACUACACACGAUGGUGACUGGAAUGCAGGAAAUAGACAAACUCAAGAACCAAGUCCAAGAUGUUCAAGUACCACUGGAAGUGUUUGACUACAUAGAUCAAGGGAAGAACCCCCAGCUGUACACUAAGGACUGUAUGGAGAAGGCUUUGAUGAGGAACGAGGCCGUCAAGGGAAAGAUUGAUGCCUACAAGAAAUUCAAAGGUCUGUUGAUGUUGGAACUUUACAAAGUGUUUCCCAAUGAAAUGAAUAAAUACAGAGCAAUGCGAGAUGAGAGGCCUUCCUGAUGAGAAGAAAUCUGAGAACUCAUUGACCUGUCUGUGCAAGCUAUGCAGGAGCGGAUUGAGGCAGUCUUCUUGGUCUUCUGGAAGAGGGUUAAAUUUUUAUUCAAGUUAACGGGUAUCUAAUUUUUCUGUCAGAAGACAGUCAGAGAUGAAGAAUGGAUCAACAGUGAUAAUUUGGAAGACUCUCAGAAAAUAUCUCUGGAACCGCACCUGCUAUGGAGAAGAUGAGCACCUGGGGUUAGAGAGUAAAUUGAGAGAUUGGAGAGUAAAUGCUCAAAGGGAGUCCAGAUGCAAAAAUUGUACAAACUUCUUUUUGGUAUAAUGCCUUAUGCUAUGGGGAAAAAUAUGGUGCAAUUCCAAGAGAUGCCUUUGUCAUGUUUGUAGGUUUUGUACAGCAGAAAAGUUGGUUUUGUACACCUGGGAAGUGACCACCUCAGAAAAAUAUAGACAAAUGUGAAAGGUCACAUUCAGAACAGUGGACUAACCAUUCUGUGGUUCAAAUAUGGCGUUAAAAUAACUGCAAUGAAUUUUAUUUAACAGCUUGAAAUGUUUUUCUGUUUCUACAAUUUGAAUCUUACUUUUUGAUAAUGAAUAUAUCAAAAGAUUAAUAAAAAGUUAAAUAAAAGAAAUGUCUUUAUUUCUCUGAAAUGUACAUCUCAUUGUAUUUGUAGUACAGACUGUUCUGGAUUCUGAUAAAAAUACACUUUGGCUUUAACAACGUAUGAUAACAAUAUCUCCAGUUCACGAAUGUUGUAUGAAUCCUCAGCAGAUAACAUCAUAUAAUACACUAGGCAUGUUCACGUCCAGUUUUACUUAAAUUUGCAAUAUGUUGCAACAUUACAACAAGUCGUAUAAUACAAUUUAAGCAUGCUUAGGUUUCACUUUAACAGACUUAAAUACUCAGUCUGGUAUAAACGAUUCUUAUUAAACAAGGCAAAAGGUUGAAAUAAAAUUCACUGCAAUUGUUGAACCUUCAGCAUAAGAACACAUCCAUCUCUGAAACCAUUACUAUUUCUGUCCAGCUUAUAAAUCCUCCUCUGAAAUUGCCUGACUUUGGGCUUUAAGUUCAACCUGAUGUGAACAGACCUUCAUAUUGCACAAUAUUGUGUAUAAUUUCUUCAACGUUAACUAUACAAAUAAUGCCUUAAACAUUUUUUUCUAUUCACAAAUUCACACUUGUGCUAUAUCAUAUUAUGUCUUAAUGCCCAUACUUAGUAGAAGAGGGAACUGAAAAUAAAACUGUGGAUAAAAUAGUUUACUAAAUAACUGCUACCCCUUAUGCAUGGCUGGCUGCACAGCCCUAAAUAUCAAGUUUUCAACCUUUCACAAUGGCCUAUUAGUGAUUUUCAGCCAACAUGGGUCAUCCCAUUUCACCCCCCUCCCAAAUAACAAUUUAGUAAAUUAAAUGCUCUUUAAAAACAAUAAAACCUUGCCUCCCUUUCUUCCAAUUUAGUUUUUAAUUAACAGGAUUGAGAUGAAGCUCACUUUCUUUGAUUCAUAUUACACCCUGUGGGAUACAAAGAGAUGAAAAAAUGUGAAAUUACAGACUUUUUCAGAGGAAUGGCCCAUAUAACAUAUGUACAUAACUUGCACACAUAUAACCAGUAAACUGACAAAAUUUGCUUAAAACAACAGGACUCCCAUAGGGCCAUAUAUGUACAUUGACAACCCAGUGCAUGUUUUGAAAAUGAAACAACAGACGUGAAAAGAAUUUCUCUACCUUAAAACUUAUGUGUGUUCUGUUCACAGCAGCACACUCAGGAAUUAAAACAAGUUGCACUGUCUGAUGCAUGACAAAGAAUUUCAAAACACGAAGUUCUAAGCAUAAAUUCUCCCUUACUUUCAAUUUCUAGACCUGUGCUGACAUUAAACAGACGAAAAAAAAAAA